GAGAGAGAGAGGUAACAGGGGGCUGGAGAAAGAGAGCGAGAGCGAGAGCGGGAGAGAGGGCCAGGUAUAUAAAGACGUGAGGCCCUGCUGAACCACAUCACUCGUAACGAUGAAGCUCCUGGUUGUCGCGUCAACACUGUUGGUAGUCGCCACUGCCGAACAAGGUUAUGGUGGCGGCGCGUCCUCCGGCGUAAGCUUCUCCCACGGCGGCGGCGGCGGCGGCGGAGGAGGAGGCUACGGCAGUGGAGGUGGAGGCGGCGGUGGCUUUGACGGUGGCUUUGGAGGAGGCUUUGGAGGCGGUUUCGGAGGCGGUUUCGGAGGCGGUUUCACCUCUGGAGGAGGAGGUUACGGCGGUGGUGGAAGCUGUGGUGGAGGCCAAGUGCGUCACGUUGACGGCAGCUGCGUCACGCCCCAGGUGACCCGCAACCUGUACGUGUACCGCGCCCCCGAUCUGGCACCCAUCGUGGGGCCGCGCCCCCCAGUGCCUCCUCCCCGCGUGGAGCACAACAUUGUGUUCAUCCACACUCCUGAGGACUCGUCGACCCAGCAGCCCGUCGUGGUGCCUCCCCCGCAGCAGAAGAACGUGGUGUACCUGCUGAGCAAGAGGCCUCAACAGGACCAGCAGGUGAUCCACGUGCCGGCACCCGAGCAGCAGGCGCCAGAGAUCUUCUUCGUCAACUACGCCGAGGGAGAGAACCCGUCCCUGCCCACCGGCGGCGACCUGCUCUCUGCCCUCAGCAAGGCCUCGCAGAGCAGCGGCGAGGUCGUCCACGGCGGCGGCGGUUUCGGCGGCGGUUUCGGCGGUGGCUUUGGUGGCGGCUUUGGCGGUGGUAUUGGCGGUGGUAUUGGCGGCGGCUCCGGCGGCUAUGGCGGCAGCGUGUCCACUCCCUCCAACCUGUACUCCGCCCCAUAAGCCCCUGCCGGCGUCGCGCCCCGCGCCACGCACGUCACCAGCGGCUGGGGUCCCUGCCUGGCUGCGCCCUUCUCCCCCCCGCCUCCCUCACCCUGCAAAUAUCUUCAUCCAUAUUGUAUUUUUGUACUCGCUCCAAGGAAGAAUGGAAUUACUUGUUUAGUUUUCAA